ACACCGGCUGCUUAUAUCAGAGCACGAGGCCGUCUCGUUAGACACUUCCCAGAGGCCUCGGUCAGCAGAAGAGGCAGAGCUCUGGAGCAGCCGGUAUCUGCAGCAAGGCGGCGCACAGAUCCGGCAGAGAUAAUAGAGGGCGGAGGGGGGGGGGGGGACGUCACUUUCUUCUUGUUUGAGGUUCCGAUCAGAGUCAAGCUGGCAGCAGACGAGACAACGGGCCUGUCGGAGGAGGGGCAGGCCGACGCAGAGCAGGCCGGCGGAGGACCGGACGGCCCAGCAAGCAGGGAGUGCCCCGGGCCUCGGGGCAAGACGGUGCGUGUCGAGCUGGAGUGGAACAUCCCCAUGGUGGUGACCCUGCCCCUCCAGAUGGAGCCCGACCCGGCGCACCAACCAUUCCCCUUCCUGGACACGACACUGGCCGACCUGGGCAUCCAAGAGUCCGAUGUGAAGGAGAGGGUGGUGUGGGUCGACACCAAGAAGACCCAGGUUAAGAACAAAGCAGGGAAGCUGAAGGAGAAAGAGAUCACCAUCCUCGAGGUGAGAGUGAAAGCCCAGAAGCCCGGAGACAAGCAGCUCCAGGAGAUCCUGUACAGCACCGAGGCCCACACUGACCGCUCCUUCUGCCGCACAGGAAUGAACAUCCUGCCGUGGAAACACAGAGGAUCAGGGGGGACCGGACUGACCCCGGUGGAGAUGACGAUGGCCCUGGACGUGGAGAACAAGCAGCCCGACUUGACCGAUGCCCAGGAACACCGGGAGAUCUGAGGAGCAGGAUCCGAAACACGGCGCCAUGUGAUGUCCGACACACACGUGUACAACGUGUCCACGCCAGAGCAAAUUCUUUAAAUCACAAGUUCUGCGUUUAUUUAGAGAACCCAAAGUGUCGUCGGGUUUCGGCUUGACAUUAACUGCACAACGAAACUUGCCAGCAUUGUUCAAUCUUGUACAUCUCGUUCAAUUGUGUUGCAUUCGUAAAAAUAAAAAUAAACGCUUGCACUCGUCACAUGUG